CUGGGAUCCUGUAGCUUUGGCCCUCGUCACGUUCCAAAAGGUACUUUUUCAGCACACGCGUACCUGCAUGUCCUGUUUGCUGUUUUUCACCGCUUCGUCGGGCAGCGCUGGGACAGCAUUCUCCGCUCUUUCAAGGAAACGUGAAAGUCGAUCAGAUUAAACACGAAUGUAAUACAACUUCCCUCUGGAAAUAUGGCUGAAUCAUGGUAAUUGCGCGCAAGUCGCACAAUUGGGAACUACGGCGCUACGCCGAUGGAGUCUCCGUCGUUGUCUCUGCUGCAGCCUCACUUUGGAAUGAGCGUGCGAUUGCCAUGUCGCUUACGGAUUCCUCUUGCAUACUGCAGAAAGGACUUUUUCUUUUUUCGUCCUGAGGCUUCGGUGGCGGUGAGUCGCUCAACCAGUAAGACCGACGGCUCAAAGGCGACCAUCGUGGACUGGAUUUCGUUUUGGCGCCUCGACUCACGGGAAGCCUGGCAACCAAUAGUCGAACGCAGAACUGAUUGGUGUGACUACCACUAAACAACGUCCCGAACAGCGACACGGCCUAGCCCCAACUCCCAACCGUGGGGUUGCAGAUGAUCGUCGUAAAAUCGCGGGGCUGGACUGUGCCGCUGGGAAAUGUAAGACGCGUCCUGCAGGCGGCACCAGGCACGAGUAGUGCGAAAUCGGAAUCUGCUCCGAAGUAUUUACCAGCUGCGGGGUCCCCGUACUCGUUCAUCCAUUUUUUACAUUACACGUCUCCUCAAGAUUGUUCUCCACUGUCGUUUACGUCGCCCAUAAUGUACCACCUAGACGGCAAUCCGGCUCCUUCCGACCAAACAUUGUUUCAAGAUCUACUCAAGAUUACCACAUCGAAAUGGCAGUCAAUGCUAAAGAGAGAUACAACACCGGCACGACAGGAGCCUGCUUCGCGACCUUCCGUGUCGAGAACCUCGACUCAACUCUCGGUGCCGAUAUCGAAAGAGUAGAGACUCUCCAUCAUAUCCAAGGACGAAACAGGUCGCAGAACGUCCACAGAUCUUUUAUUCACGCAGCGUCGCGUCACUCUCUUUUCGGAACGUGACACUCGCUUCUGGAGUAAUGAGGGACUGAGCGACACCUUUUCUGUUACUGAUACCUGCGAUCGUCAUACUGGACGGGGUCAAGACCAGGAUAACACCCGCGAUCCUGAUGAUACAUGAACCAACAUGAUGGCUCGGAAGAAGAAAUGAUAUCAAAUCUGUCAUGUGUAUAACACGGCAAAUCUGGACGAAGUGGAAGCGAUCACACACUAUAACGACUCAAUCGUUCAUAAAGGCAGUGUUCUGUUUCACGUCAAAACUUACGUUAGCUCUAUAGCGUGCCUCAUUGCUUCACGGCGCGCAACCCGCUACCCGCAGCGCUCCGUCAUUACAUUCACCUCGCAGACUUGCAACCCGCUGGUUGCGUAUACACUCGUGUCUUUCAUGUGAGACAGAAGAGAACCGACGGACCGCAUGGAGGGACAAACUGUGGUGUUAUGAUACGGUGGGCAAGUGCUCCUCCGUUGCUCAGGCCCAACCAUGUGUUCUCUCUGAAGCGGUCGGUGGCAUGUCUGCUAGCAAACACAGGAAAUAGUCCAUGGAGCCUUGUUUCAUUGUCUGAGCGCGGUUGGCCAGUACUUCGACGACAAGAUGGACGCAUCAAUCCAAUGUCCUUUUGCAUUGCUUAAUUGAUGCUGCAUUCUCGGCGACAAUGUACCAGUAGGCGCCAGUAGUCUAAAUAGGUUUGCCCUCUAAAUGGUCACAAUAGAAAACUUAUAUCUCAUUGCUGUAUCGUCAGACUUACAGAACCCGUCAUGAGCGUUACCAACCCCGACCAGUCAUAGCAUGAGUGUCCGCAUCCCGGCCAGAUCUUGCGCGAGCGACAUAUUGUAUAUGACUUGACAUACUAUGGGGCAUCUAAUCCUAGUCCAAUUAGGCGCGGAGCACCCAGGCCGAU